UUUUCUUCUUUCUGGGUUUAAUUUAUCUUUCUUAAGAAUUGAAAUUGUAUAAAAUUGAAUCCUUGAUCAACAACAACACUGGCAAAGGUUACAUAAUCGUUUAUUCGCUCUAUCUCAAGAAUCCAAUUCAUAUGAAAAUAAAUUUUUUUUCCUUUUCCUUCUUUUAUGUGUUGUGACUGGGUUAAAUUCAUAUCUAUGAAGACUUAAUGAACUUGAAACUUUGUGCGGUAAUGGCUUUCUUGUGACGUGCGGGUGUUGCUUUCUAGCUCUGACUUUUAUUUGAUGGGGAACUGCUGGUUUAGGUGGAAACCGUCGAUUUACAGGGUAUCUUCUAAUGCAAAGUCAGAUUCCCCAAAAAACCAAAGCCCAUCUGCCAUUGAAAGGAAGGAAGAUAGCAAGCUGCCUUCAAAUCCUGAAGAAGUAGAGUACAUUCGUCGGAAUUCAGCGACAAAUCCUCUAAUCGCUUUUUCUUUUAAUGAGCUAAGAAUAAUUACUGAUAAUUUCAGGCAGGAUUAUGUAUUGGGUGGAGGAGGUUUCGGAAGUGUUUAUAAAGGAUUUAUUACUGAGGAUUUACGGGAGGGGCUUCAGCCCCUUCAGGUUGCUGUCAAGGUUCAUGAUGGGGAUAACAGUUACCAGGGCCACAGAGAAUGGCUGGCAGAAGUUAUAUUUCUUGGACAACUUUCUCAUCCAAAUUUGGUGACACUUAUCGGAUACUGCUGUGAAGAUGACCAUAGGGUACUGAUUUAUGAGUAUAUGCCUCAGGGUAGUGUGGAAAACAAUCUCUUUUCAAGAGUAUUACUUCCUCUACCUUGGUCUAUCAGAAUGAAGAUUGCAUUUGGUGCUGCAAAAGGACUUGCAUUUCUCCAUGAAGCUGAGAAACCAGUUAUUUAUCGUGAUUUCAAGACGUCUAAUAUUUUGCUGGACCUGGACUACAAUGCCAAGCUUUCGGACUUUGGCCUUGCAAAAGAUGGACCAGUGGGUGACAAAACUCAUGUGUCUACACGCAUUAUGGGGACAUAUGGAUAUGCAGCUCCAGAGUAUAUAAUGACAGGACACCUGACACCUAGAAGUGAUGUCUACAGCUUUGGCAUUGUUCUUCUAGAGCUUCUCACCGGCAGAAAAUCCUUAGAAAAGUUCAGACCGGCUAGAGAGCAAAACCUAGCUGAUUGGGCCCUCCCACUGCUGAGAGAGAAGAAGAAAGUGGUGAACAUCGUCGACCCAAGAUUAGAAGGAGAUUACCCAGCCAAAGGCGUCCACAAGGCAGCCAUGCUUGUUUAUCACUGUCUGAACCGAAACCCAAAGGCAAGGCCAUUGAUGAGAGAUAUAGUGGAUUCUCUGGAGCCUCUGCAGGUAGCUGUUGAGGUACCAAGUGCUGCUCCUCCUUCAGUGAUUAGCAAUGGAUCCCCAGCGCGCUGUACAGUUUAAAUGAAAAUAAG